UAAACGUCACCCAAAGAAAGACGUGGAGUAAGAAGCAGCUUAUUUCAUUUCACCACAUUCACACUUCUCCGAAAUUAAACCCAAACUCCCUUUCUAAUGCCUUACCAAGUCCGCUCGAAUCUCUUCAUCAGCAACAUCAACGACGCAGCUCAGAUUCUCCAAAACGCCGCCGUUCAACACAACAUCACCCACAUCCUUUCCGUUCUCAGCUCCGCUUCAAUCUCCUUCUUCUCCGAAUGGCGUUCCAACAUCUCCAUCCCCGUCAAAGAGAUUUCCAAACUUCACGUCUCCGACCUCCCUUCCGCCGCCAAGUCCGCCCUCUCGCCGGACAAACUCCUCUACUCACUCGAGUACGCCGGUAAAGAUUUCAAGCUUGUAAGGAUGGCGGUUCCUCUUAAGGAUACUGAGAGCGAGAAUUUGUUGGAUUACCUUGAGGUUUGCAUCGAUUUCAUUGAUCGGAGUAGGAAGGAAGGUUCUGUAUUAGUUCACUGUUUUGCAGGUGUUUCUAGAAGUGCAUCGGUUAUUACUGCUUAUUUGAUGAGAAGCGAGAAUCUGUCACUAGAAGAUGCCCUUGAAUCAUUAAAGCAGAGCUGUGAAUUUGUUUGCCCCAAUGAUGGUUUUCUAGAGCAGUUGAAAAUGUUUGAGGAGAUGGGUUUCAAGGUUGAUCAUUCUAGCCCUGUAUACAAGCGCUUUCGUCUAAAAGUACUAGGUGAGAAUCAUUUUGCAGGGUCAAGGAUAGACAGUUCUAAACUUGGUGCAGAUCCUGGCAUGCCUGUUGAAACAUCUUCAGAGCCACCAGAAGCUACUAAAGUAGAUAAUAACCAUAGCCCUACAUUCCGUUGUAAGAAGUGCCGUCGGAUUGUUGCAUUGCAAGAACAUGUUAUAGAUCAUAUUCCUGGUGAGGGUGAGACAUCCUUUGAUUGGCACAAGCGAAGAAGUGGCAAUCCUUUUAACAAAUCUAAUGAGUCUGAGUGUUCGUCCAUAUUUAUUGAGCCUCUACGAUGGAUGAAAGAUGUCGAGGAAGGCGCGUUGGAGGGAAAGCUGUCCUGCACUCAUUGUGAUGCCCGUUUGGGAUACUUUAAUUGGUCAGGCAUACAAUGCAGCUGUGGAAGCUGGAUAACCCCAGCUUUCCAACUUCACCAAAGUCGGGUAGAUAUAAGCCCUGUGUAACUUUUGUUGCACCACUUUUAUGCAUAUACUCAUUCCUCGACAAGGGAUGCCACUAUUUUUCCAUUGUUCCUCGACUUGCAUUCUGCUCAAGUUUUCCAAGCUACUGCAAAUGAAGUUACGUAAUGAAGGAUUGAAGUCUUGUUCCUCAGAACUGCUCAAGAUUUCUAGGCUAAACAGAUGCAGUUAUUGUAGAGAGGAUUGUAAUCUUGCACCUUUAUUGCUUUUUCCAAAAUGACUUUUAAGAUCUUUAAUUGGAGGUUAAGGAUUAUGCAUUUCUAGUACAUGGUAAGGUGAGGCAUGAGUCGGGUUUCUAACGUUAGUGCUAGUUUUCCCGAUGAUUUACCUGCCAGUAAAGAUGGUGUUUUUAUUUUUUUUCCUAUGAAAGAACAGUGUUUUGUCCUUGUAACUGGUAAUUUUAUUUUAUACUUUUAUCUUUAAA